CCCCGGCCCCGGCCCCGGCCCGCGGCCCAGCGGGGGACACCCCGGGCGGGCUCCGGGCAGCUAGACACCAUGUCGGGCCAGUCUCUCACCGACCGGAUCACGGCCGCGCAGCACAGCGUCACAGGUUCGGCCGUGGCCAAAGCCGUCUGCAAGGCGAGCACCCAUGAAAUGAUGGGGCCGAAGCAGAAACACCUGGACUACCUGAUUCAUUGCACGAAUGAGCUGAACAUGAGCAUACCACAGCUGGCCGACACACUCCUGGAGCGCACAGUCAACAGCAGCUGGGUGGUUGUUUUCAAGGCCCUGAUCACCACCCACCACCUCAUGAUGUAUGGCAAUGAGCGUUUCAUGCAGUACCUUGCAUCACGAAAUAGCCUGUUCAAUUUAAGCAACUUCUUGGAUAAAAGCGUCAUACAAGGUUAUGAUAUGUCUACCUUCAUCAGGCGGUAUAGCAGAUACUUGAAUGAAAAAGCCCUUUCAUAUAGACUCGUAGCAGUUGACUUCACCAAAAUGAAGAGAGGGCCUGAUGGAGUCAUGAGGACCAUGGGUACUGACAAGCUUCUGAAAACCCUGCCAGUUAUUCAGAACCAGCUUGACGUUCUACUUGAUUUUGAUGCACAUCCCAAUGAGCUCACUAAUGGUGUCAUCAGUUCGGCCUUCAUGCACCUCUUUAAGGAUUCUAUCAGGCUGUUCGCAGCCUACAAUGAGGGGAUUAUUAACCUGCUUGAAAAGUACUUUGACAUGAAGAAGAACCAGUGCAAAGAAGGGCUGGAGAGUUACAAGAAGUUCCUGGGAAGAAUGGCCAAAUUAUCCGAGUUCCUGAAAGUUGCUGAGCAAGUUGGAAUCGAUCAGGCUGACAUUCCUGACCUUACUCAGGCCCCAAGCAGCCUGUUUGAAGCUCUAGAACAACAUGUGGCUUCUUUGGAAGGCCGCCGGACCAAGGAACUUUUGGCAGCUUACAGAGCAAACAGCCUCUCGAGUGCCGUGUCCACUCUUACCAACACCGGGAAGGCCUUUAGCAGAGUGGUUGAGAAGCAGAAGAAACAGAUGCUGGAUGAAGACCAAGCCCGACUGCAGGCCUUGAAGGAGAAACGUUUAAAAGAAAUUCCUAUGAUCCCCAAUUCUGCCUGUGCAGCUGAGUCUCCAAGGAUUUUAGCAGGGAAAAGCAUGGGUGCCUCUCCUGCUACAGACCUUUUUGCUGCUGUGAUGCCUCCACCCACCAGUCUGCCCAACAUCUCUGGUGAUCUCUUUGGUCUUCAGCCUGCCUUCGUUUUCACCGCACAGAGUAUGACUCCAGCCAUAGGAACACCCCCAAGCCAAACCUGGGGAGCAGGGCUCUUUCCAUCAGCUUGUCCAGAUUCUGCUCCUUCAGAAGUUCCUGUGGAUUUUGACUCUGUGUUUGGAUCAAAGGGACUGGGAUCAGAGUGCAGAACAGCAAAUGCAGACAAACAGCAGGCCCUUGCUGAGGAUUGUUCUGGCAGUGGAGGAAAAGAGAAAGAGACAAGAACAAGGGGAGGUCUGGGCUCGGAUAACACCGCAGCCCCACCAGCCAUCGCUGUUCAGGAGCCCAAAGAGGUUACACUCAACCAGCAGAGUGGGCCGGUCCUUGGGAGUGACCUGGACGCCUCCCUUGCCAACCUCAUGGGAAAUCUUGACUUCGGAGCGAGUCCCAAAAAAUCUGACAUACAGUGGAAUCAACCGCCUGAGAAGAAAAUGACUGGGGGAAUAAACUGGCAGGUGAAGACCAGCACAUCAACCACCUGGAGUCCUGCUACCAUCUCUUCUGUUCCACAUAUGGUGCCUGUCCCCAUAUCCUAUCCAGUGACCACGCAUCAGCUGCCUGUAUAUGGCAUGGUACAGACUCCACUGGGAGCAGUCCCCCUCAUGGCCCCCCAGCCCUUGAUUUAUGCACAGCCCGGCUUAAGGACGACUAACCCUUUUGCUCCGGUCUCUGGGCCCCAGUAAGAAAUGAAGAAAGGGAUGGAUUCAGAAAAACCUUGGAAGACGUGUGAAUUGACCCAGAAUAAAGUGAUCCGAAUCCCAAGAACCAUUGAUCCAAAGACAAUGACAUCGUAAAGAAAAACAACUCUGAUCAAAGCAUGGCCAAGCCCAUCUCCAGAGGAACCAGGGUGAAGCAUGUUGGACUCAGGGGCAGAGUGAGACAUCUAUUUUGUGACAUGGCCACUUGGGGAAUUUGUUUGCUUGAAUCUUCAGACUUGGAAUGAGGGGAGGGGAAAAGUAGUGGUGGGGAUGGGAGGGCUAGUGAUAUUGAUGGCAAAGUCAGAAAGAAGAACAAAGUAAAGGGCCUUAAUGAAAUGCAGAGAAGAGAAUGAACAGAAGGAAGAAGUAUGGAGGGCAGCACAGACAAGCAGUUCAACUUUGUAUCCAUUAUGUUGAACUAACUAUAUAUUUUUUUUUAAAUCAAGAAAUAAACCAGUUGGUCAGGUUUAAAACAACAAUAGUCAAAACCUCCAGUGCCCCUUGCCCUUCCCCAUGAAGCAUCCCUCCAUCGUUGAUGACCUUCCUCCCCACCUUUGGCUGACUUCACAGAACAUUUUGUCCUGUAUUCACUUUUUUCAUGAUUUCUCUUGGCUUUGUUCUUCUAGAUGAAACUUUAAAUGAUUUUUCCUUAUUCUAUCAAAUAGCCCUUUGGUAGUUUAAUUAGCAUGCCACUGAAUCUGUCUGUAAAACAAUUUAGAUAGUAUUAUGGUUUUUAUUAUAUUAGCAUGGCCCAACUAUGAUGAAUAUCUUUCCAUUUAUUUGUAUUUAUUUCUGAAAAGAGUGCUUUGUAGUUGUAUUAAUAUAGUUCCUCAGUAUGUCUUAGUAGAGGGACUUCCAGAUAUAUUAGACACUGUAGAGGUAUUUUGAAUGGAAUUUUAUUUUUCUAGUUCUUCUGGCUGGGCUCUCUUGGUAAUCUACAGAAAGGUUUAUGAUUUGUGGCUUUAUUUUAUGUUCUGUUACUUUACCAAAGUCAUUGUUUCAAUUAAUUUUUUAGUUAGUGCUUUAGGGUUUUAAAAAUCAUUAUCUGCAAAAGUGAUCAUUUUGUUUCCUCUUUACUAUGCUUUUCUCUCAAUUUCUUUCUCUUGUCUUAUUUCUUAGAGCUAGCAUUUCUAGAACUAUAUCAGAUAAUUGAACUAUUUCAAAUAAUAUGGUGCUUUCCCCCUCCCAGAGAGCCAUCUAACAGAGAAUGUUUUAAAAGAAAAAAAGAGAAUGAAGAAAAAAGAAUCAGCUAAUCAAUACAUUGAAAAAAUAUGAAAACAUGUGACGUUCUGCAAAGGAGUACAGGGGGCAUCUUCUCAUCUCAUCUUUGGGGCCGAGCUUAUUCUUUGUAAUUUCCCAACAUUCACUUUUGAUUGUUCUGUGGUUUGUUUCUGAAUUGUUCUUUCCAUUGGCAUUGUUGUAAUCAUUGUGUAGCUUGUUUUCUUGGUUCUUCUGACUUCCCUCUGCAUCAGUUCAUGUGGCUCUUUCCAGGCUUCUCUGUAUGCAUCACAUACAUCAUUUCUUACAGCACAGUUGUAUUUCAUUACAUUCAUGGACCACAAUGUAGUGAACUAUUCCCCAGUCAAUGGGCAUCUGCUUCAUUUCCAAUUCAUUGUUAUCACAAAAAGUGCUGCUCUAACUUUGUGGGUGUAUAUAAGGACUUCCUUUUUAUCAAUGGCCUCCUUGAGGAAUGUGCCUAGUGACACUCUGGGUCAAAGGGUAUGAGUAUUUUUACCACUUUAUUUGCACAAUCCCAAAUUGCUUUUCCAAAUUGCUUUCCACCAACAAUAUAUGAGUGUGCCUGUAUUUCUACCACCCCUUCCUCAUUGACUGUUGCCAUCUUUUGUCAUGUUGGCUAAUUUCCUGGCUAUGAGGGAAAACCUUUGAGUGGUUGGGAUUUGCAAUGAUCUUCUUUUUAGUUAUUUAGAAGAACAUAUAUAUAUAUAUAAUAUAUAACAUAUACUCAUAUACAUUAUAUAUUAUAUAUGUAUAUGUAUGUGUUUUUAGAUACAUAUAUCUGCAUACACUGCCAAGAAAAGCCUGGAUGGAGUGACAAAGAGUCAGAAAUGAUUGAACAACAUGUGUGCACACAUAUAAUAUACAUAAUAUGUACUUGUAUUUAUGUACAUAACAUAUAGGCAUACAUAUAUACACGUGUGUGUGUUCGUUGUCUAUCUUGGAUAGCAAACCCUUAUCUGAAAAUUUGAUACAAACUUUUCCCCCUUUGGCUGCUUCUCUCUCUUAUCCUAGGUGUAUUCAUUUUGGUUUUUUUUAGAAGUUUUUCAAUCUCAUGUAAUCAAAAUUAUCUUUAUUCUUUUGUGUUGCCUUUAUCCUUUUUUGGCAUCCCAUGGUUGUGGAAAGCAUGUGGUCUGCUUCUUUUCAUCUUUGUUGUUGACUUUAAACGUUCAGGUCACAUACUCAGUGUGAAUUGAGUGGGAAAUAUAGUGUUUGCUCUAAGAUUGGUUUAAGGUUCUCUUUGGCCAGCCUGCUUUGCAGUUUUCCCAGUAUCUCUUAGGAGACAGGGAGGUAUUUCUGAAGUAAUUUGUUUCUAAGCUUAUCAAAUUUAGGUUAUGUCUGAUUCUCCCUUGUCUGUCUAAUCUUUGAUGACUGCCAAUUUAUAAUAUAGUUUAAGGUCUGAAAGUGCCAUUCUCUCUUUGUUUUUAUCUUUUUUUCAUUAUUUUUACCAUUUUUUCAGUAUUUCCCUUGAUAUUCUAGAUCUUUUGAUUUCCAAAUGAAUCUUCUAUGAAGUAUUCCUUUGAUAAUUUGUCAUAGCACUAAAACUGUAAAUUAACUUUAGUGUUCCAUUUAUUCAUAUAUUUUUCAGAUAAAAGGUUAAUUAUAUUUUGUCAAAAGCUUCUGUUGAUAG